AUGGAGAGGGGUAAGCUCAUUAUAGCAGAAGGAAAUAGAAGAAGAAGACUGAAAUACGAAGAAAUGCGCAGUAAUAAUGAGCUUGCAAGACUUGAAGGGAUACGGAGGCGCAAGGAGGAACAGCGUCUGUUGCUAGCCUCCGAGCAGUUUGUAGAAGAGUUUGAGAGAGAAGAAAGAGAAGAGGAAAAGAAGCACGAAGCUAAUUUGCGGCGCUUAUAUAAGAAGAAGGGCAAAGAACUCGCAGAGCGCGAGAAGAAAGAGCAACACAAAGAGCGGGAGAAGAGACAAAGAAACCUACGACGGACCCUUCAGAUUGCGGAGAAAGACAUUGUGGUGGAGGAGACUAAGGAGGCUGAAGUUGUUGUGGAAACCCCUGAAGUUGCGAUGGAAGAGGUUGCAAUGGAGACGCAACCAGAAAUGGCUGAAUGGAAAAAGAAGAAGAAGCAAAACAAAGGGAGAAAG